AGUGUGUACGGGAAUCUGGAGUCGGGAGCUCGCGCGUUCGGUUUCGCAGCUCGUGCGUGAGUCGGUGCCGCGUCGGAGAGCAGCGCGGGAGAACAGCGAACGAGCGCUGAGCGGAGAGAAGAGAAGGUCGGAGAGAAGAUCGGAGAAGACGCAGAUGGAGCUGGAGAUGUAGGUCGAAAGCCGCACGCGGACGGGUUCUCGGAGAGAGAUGCACGCGCUCUCGGAAUUCGACUGAACGGCGAAAACUUUGCAGCGGCGGACCGCCAGCGCGCGCGGUGGUUUGGUGAAGAGAGCUCUGCGACCAUGCAGACCCAGGUGAUUUUGCUGCUGGCUCUGCUGCUGCUGUUCCUGUGCAGCAGCACCCGAAACCAAGGGCUGGAUGCAAAGUCUGUUCCACGCUUCACCCAUCCUAUUUACAAUGCCACCACAUUUGAAAACUCUGCAAAGUCUGUUCCACGCUUCACCCAUCCUAUUUACAAUGCCACCAUAUUUGAAAACUCUGCUGCUAAAACGUACUUGGAAGGCCCCGUCAAAAUGGGCAUCUACAACACGGACCCUUCGUGGGAAAUACGGUACAAAAUCGUGUCAGGUGACAACGAGAAUCUUUUCAAAGCUGAGGAAUAUCAACUGGGGGACUUUACUUAUUUGAGAAUAAGGACCAAAGGAGGCAGCAGUGCCAUUCUUAACAGGGAGGUCCGAGACCAUUAUUUGCUUACAGUUAAAGCUGUGGAAAGGAACUCAAAUGCAGAGGCACGAGCCCGAGUCAUGGCUCAAGUACUCGAUACCAAUGACCUCAGGCCCUUGUUCUCUCCCACCUCUUACACCGUAUCUUUGCCGGAAAACACAGCGAUCCGCACUAGCAUUGCUAAGGUCACGGCGACAGAUGCGGACAUCGGUACGAACGGAGAGUACUACUACAGCUUUAGAGAGUGGACGGACAUGUUUGCAGUCCAUCCCACAAGUGGGGUGGUUAGCCUAACUGGAAAAUUAGAUUACGCUGAGACAAAGCAGUACGAUUUGGAGAUAUUAGCAGUAGAUCGCGGGAUGAAGCUGUACGGGAGCAGCGGAUUUAGCAGUAUGGCUAAACUCACGGUACGCGUGGAGCAGGCUAAUGAAAACGCUCCGGUCAUCACAGCUGUCACCCUCAUGCCUUCGGAUAUGGACAAGGACCCAACGUAUGCCAUAGUGACCGUCGAGGAUGACGACCAAGGAGCUAAUGGCGAGAUAGCGUCUCUGAGCGUGGUAGCGGGAGACCCUUUGCAGCAGUUUCGAGCUAUGAGAACCAGUCCCGGCAGUAAGGAAUACAAAAUUAAAGCAGUAAAGGAAAUCGACUGGGAGAGCCAGCCAUAUGGUUACAACCUCACUUUUCAAGCUAAGGAUAAAGGAAGCCCACCGCAGUUUUCCUCAGCAAAAGUUAUACACAUCACUUCUCCGCACUUUAAAGUAGGGCCCCCUAAAUUUGAACAAUCUGUUUACAGGGCCAAUGUAAGUGAAUUUGCUCCACUGCACACUCCUGUUGUGAUGGUAGCAGCUGUGCCAAAAUAUCCCCAAUUGAAGUAUGCUUUCAAACAUAAAUUGGACAAAAUUCCCUUUGCAAUCAAUUCCGACACUGGCUUAAUUACAACAGCUGGACCCAUCCAUGCUGACUCUUUACCACACUAUGAAUUAGAAGUAAUUAUUAGUGACAGAAAAGCAGCCGCCAAAGUUAUUAUCGAUGUGAUUGACGUGAACAAUAAUGCCCCGGAGUUCCAGCAGUCAUCUUAUAAGGCCAGUGUUGAUGAAAACAUGCCAGUCGGCACCAGUGUUUUAACGGUGAAAGCCACCGAUUUAGACAGUGGUGAAAAUGGCUACGUCACAUACAGUAUUGCUAACAUGACUCCCCAGCCUUUUGUUAUCGACUACUUCACUGGUGUUAUUAGUACUUCAGAACACCUCGAUUACGAACUGAUGCCCAGGAUUUAUAAUUUACGAGUACGCGCAUCGGAUUGGGGUGAACCAUUUCGACGUGAAGUCGAGACGCAAGUCACAAUCAGCCUGAGCAACCUGAACGACAACAAGCCUCUGUUUGAAAACGUGGAUUGCCAGGUAACCGUGCCCAGAGAUCACGGCACCGGGGAACAGAUCACAACCGUCUCCGCCAUUGAUGCUGAUGAACUUCAGCUGGUCAGGUACAUGAUUAAAGCUGGCAAUGACCUGGAUCUUUUUGAGUUAAACCCAAACUCAGGGGUGCUGUCCUUAAAGCAGCCUCUGAACGAGGGUGAGGCAGCGAAGACAUCCUUGUACAGCUUGCUGAUUGUAGCCAGCGAUGGGGAACAUGGAACUCCACCAAUGUUCUUGAAUAUAACUGUUGUCACGCCACGUAAGCCUGUUCAGUCCAAGUGUGUGGACACUGGUGUGGCUACAAUGUUGGCAGAAAAAUUGCUACAAGGCAGUAAAAUCCACAGCCAAGUGGACACGGAAGACUUUUUAGACCUUCAUGCUGUCAAUCGCCUUACACCUCAAUUUGCAGAAUCAUUCCCAAGUGUUGUCGAAGUCAAAGAAGAUCUUCCAGUCGGGGCUCGGAUUGUCCAUUUGAGCGCCUCCGACUUGGAUACUGGUUUCAAUGGAAAGCUGGUUUAUGUCAUAUCUGGAGGUGACACAGAAAGUCGCUUUGUAGUUGAUAUGAAUGAUGGCUGGUUGAAGGUAUAUGCACCGCUUGACAGAGAGACAUCUGAUCAUUACACGCUAAAUAUUACUGUGUAUGACCUCGGAAUACCUCAGAAGUCUUCGUCACGUCUGCUCGACGUCAAGGUUACUGAUGCUAAUGAUAACAGCCCACAGUUCUUACAAGACACAUAUGCGGUGGAAAUAAGUGAGAACACGGCUGUAGGGACUGAAGUCAUUCAGGUUGAAGCCAAAGAUAGAGACCUGGGAGAUAACAGUGUUGUCAGGUAUUCUAUAUUGGCAGACACAGGUCAGUUUGCUAUUGAUGAGGAGACUGGAGUGGUUAGGGUCAAAAAGCCGUUGGAUCGGGAGGUUCAGGCUGAGCUAGUGCUCAGGAUUGCGGCCCGUGACCAGGCUACCGUUGAACCUCAACUUGUGUCGAGCGUGUCGCUUAAAAUCACACUUGAAGAUGUGAAUGACAAUCCUCCAAAAUUUAUACCUUCCAGUUAUCGGGUAAAAGUCCGUGAGGAUCUACCUAUCGGUACUGUUAUUAUGUGGUUGGAAGCUCAUGAUCCCGAUGCUGGAACAUCGAGUCAGGUACGCUACAGUCUCGUUGACAGCAGCGAUGGGAAAUUUGAAGUGGACAAACUCAGUGGCGCUGUUCGCAUCGUACAGAAUCUGGAUUAUGAGAAAAAACAAGUUUACAAUCUCGUAGCAAGGGCCAAGGACAAAGGCAAACCAAUUUCUUUAUCCUCCACCUGUCACAUAGAGGUGGAAGUCGUAGACGUGAAUGAAAAUUUACAUCGACCGUUGUUCCCGUUAUUUGUGGAUAAGGGAUUUAUCAAAGAGGACGCCCCGAUCGGAACAUCGGUCAUGAAAGUGCCCGCUCAGGACGAGGACAAAGGAAGAGACGGAGAUAUUCGCUACUCGAUCCGAGAUGGAUCUGGCCUGGGAAUCUUCGCCAUAGAUGAAGAAACCGGUGUGAUCCGCACUCUGGAGCUGCUGGACCGCGAGUCGGUGCCGCACUACUGGUUGACGGUGUACGCCGUUGACGGUGGCGUGGUCCCGCUGUCGUCCUUCGUGGAGGUCUACAUCCAGGUGCAGGACGUGAACGACAACGCCCCACACACUUCCGAGCCAGUGUACUACCCGUCUGUCAUGGAGAACUCGCCCAAAGACGUCUCGGUCAUCAAGAUAGACGCCUUCGACCCCGACACUCGCUCCAGCGACAAACUGAGCUACAAGAUCAGCAGCGGAAACCCGCAGGGCUUCUUCAGCAUCGACGACAAAACCGGUCUCGUCACUACAACGUCUCGCAAACUGGACAGAGAGCAGCAGGAUGAGCACAUCCUCGAGAUCACGGUGACCGAUCAGGGCGUCCCAGCGCGCUCCACCACGGUCCGCGUAAUCGUGCAGGUGUUAGACGAAAAUGACAACUAUCCCAUCUUCAUGGAAAAGGUAUACAAAAUCAAGCUGCCCGAGCGGGAGAAGGUGGAGAAGGAGCGUGCGAUGCGGCGAGAUCCGGUGUACCGGGUCAUCGCUUCGGAUCGUGACCACGGCUCCAAUGCUGAGAUCUCAUACAGCAUCGAGGCUGGAGACGAGCAGGGGAAGUUCUUUAUCGAACCCAAAACGGGCCUUGUGUCAUCAAAGAAAAGCUCCUCAGUGGAGGAUUACGACAUCCUCACGAUCAAGGCAGUGGAUAACGGUCGACCCCAGAAGUCGGCGACUUGCCGCUUGCACAUCGAGUGGAUCCCGAAGCCGAAGCCGAGCGCCACCCCUCUGGCCUUCGACGAGAGCAUGUUUUCCUUCAGCGUCAUGGAAAGUGACCCGGUCUCCCACAUGUUCGGGGUUAUCACCAUGGAGAAAGUGGACACUCCCGUCUGGUUUGAUAUCACAGGUGGGAACUCAGACAGCCGCUUUGACGUGGGAAAAGCGAGCGGGACGCUGAUGGUGGCGCGGCCGCUGGACGCCGAGCAGAAAUCCAACUACAACCUGACGCUCGAGGCUACAGACGGCACAAAUACCGUCAGCACACAGGUCCUCAUCAAAGUGAUCGACACCAACAACCACCGGCCACAGUUCUCGCAGCCCCGCUACGAGGUGAGCGUGAGGGAAGAUGCGGCGCCUGACACCGAGGUGCUCCGACUGAGCGCUAGCGAUCUGGACGAGAAGAACAAGCUGACAUUCACGUUGCUAAGCAGCACCGACCCGUUCAGCCUGCGCAAGUUCCGCCUGGACCCCGGAACCGGGGCGCUGUACACGGCCGAGCCGCUGGACCACGAGGCCAUGCGACAACACACACUCACCGUCAUGGUACGAGACCAGGACAUUCCAGUGAAGCGGAACCUGGUGCGAGUGAUCGUUAGUGUGGAGGACGCCAACGACAACGUGCCAUGGUUUUACGGUGCGCCAUACGUGGGGCGCGUGUUUGAGUCGGCCACCGUUGGCUCGUCCGUGUUGCAGGUCACCGCUUUGGACAAGGACAGAGGACAAAACGCUGAGAUCGUCUACAACAUCGAGUCAGGAAAUGUGGCUAAUUCAUUUGCCAUCGAUCCUGUCCUCGGGACUAUCACAGUGGCAAAAGAGUUGGACCGAAGCAACAACAAUCACUUUGAGCUGACAGUGAAGGCUACAGAUAGAGGAACUCCGCCCCUUAGCGCUACAGCGACUGUGGACGUCACGGUUACUGUCUCGGACAACGCCACACCGAAGUUCACGGAGAAAGAAUUUUCUGCUGAGAUCAGUGAAACUGCGCUUCCUGGAAGCUUUGUAAGUCUAGUUACAGCCACCAGCCAAUCGUCAGUCUUCUACCAGAUCAAGAAAGGAAACAUAAAUGGAGUGUUUGACAUUAAUCCCAACUCCGGGGUCGUUGUGACUCAGCGGCCUCUGGAUUAUGAAACGAUUCCAUCAUACAGUCUGACCAUUCAGGCUUCCAACAUGGCUGGCCAAGCUAGCAAUGCUACACUACUGAUACAUCUAAAGGACGAAAACGAUAAUGUUCCAGUUUUCAUCCAGGAGGAGUUUACCGGGGUGAUUAGCGAGUCGUCUUCUGUAAAGAGUGUGGUCCUAACAAAAGAUAGUACUCCUUUAGUCAUUCGUGCUUUAGAUAUGGACCGUGAUGCAAAUGCUAGGCUAGUCUACCAAAUUGUGGAGCCUUUUGCCCUCAAUUACUUUGCUAUCGAUUCAAGCACCGGAGCAAUAAGAACCACGACCGAAUUGGAUUAUGAACAAAAAUCUGUUUUCCGAUUCACCGUUCAAGUACAUGACAUGGGAAUCCCACGCCACUUUGUGCAGAAGGCUGCCAAUGUGACCAUCGAAGUCAUAGACGUCAACGAUUGUCCACCACAGUUCAGCCAGGACUUGUACGAGGUGACCGUUCUAGUUCCAACUUUCAAAGGUGUGAAAGUCGCCACAGUCAAUGCGACUGAUGCUGACUCGGGACCAAACGCCAGACUCCUCUAUUCGAUUGCAGAAGGCAACAUUGGAGAUAAGUUCAAAAUGGACCCACUCACAGGGGUCAUUACUAUUCAAAAUGGCACACAGCUGAGAAGCAGAUAUGAGCUGAAGGCUAGGGUGUCUGAUGGCAGGUUUUCCAAAAUGGCCACAGUGAAGAUUAGCAUUCGAGAGAAUAAAGCAAGCAAUCUGAAGUUCACUCAGAAUUCUUAUAAGGCUUUUGUCCAGGAGAACUCGUUGGAAAAGAAAACUCUCGCUGUAGUUGCUGCUGUAGGAAACCAAGUAAACGAGCCUUUGUUUUACACCAUUUUAAACCCAGAUAAAAGAUUUGAGAUCAGUCGUACCUCUGGUGUUCUAAUGUCAACCGGCGUACCCUUCGAUCGUGAGGAGCAGGAUACUUAUGACAUUGUAGUAGAAGUGACCAGAGUGGACAAAUCAUCCGACACGGCUCACAUUCUCGUCACAGUAACAAUUGAGGACGUCAACGACAACCCACCCAUGUUUGUCAACAUGCCCUACCACGCACUGGUUCAAAAGGACGCAGAAGUCGGCCAAGUUAUUAGACAAGUGACUGCAAUGGAUUCAGAUAAGGACAAUAACGCUGACAUAAGAUAUCAUCUACAUGAACUGAAUGAUUACAUCCAGAUUAGUGCCAGUGGUGAGCUUUCACUGAAAAGGUCAUUUGAGAUGGAUCAGAUGAACUCAGAGCUUGUGGUCACGGUUAUAGCUACAGACAGUGGGAAACCGCCAAUGUCAGCGAGCGUGGAAGUGCCUAUAACUGUAGUAGAUAAAGCCAUACCUGUGUUUGAAAAACCUUUCUAUAGUCUAGAGAUUCCUGAGAAUGUACAGCUGCACACUCCCAUUAUCCAUGUACAGGCUAGUAAUUCAGAAGGACCAAAGGUGGUGUACACCAUCACAGAGGGUGACCCUUACAGCCAGUUCAACAUCAACUUCAACACUGGUGUUAUUCAAGUGGUGCAGCCUCUUGAUUUUGAGACACACCCUGCUUAUAAACUAAGCGUAAGAGCCACAGAUUCGCUGACUGGUGCUAAAUCGGACGUAUUUGUUGACAUAAUCUUGGAGGAUGUCAAUGACAACCCGCCUGUGUUCCAAGCCAAGUCUUAUAAUGCAAGCCUUUCUGAAGCCUCUGUCAUCGGCACUGCUGUGGUGCAGGUAUCCGCUGUCGAUGCAGACACAGGUAACAAUAAACUUCUCUUCUACCUAAUAGCCAACAAUGAUAAAUCCUCUGAAUAUUUUACUAUCGAUCGCAACACCGGUAUGAUCUGGACAGCACGCAUGCUAGACCACGAGGAGGAAAUGCAACACAAGCUAACAAUCAGAGCCGUCGAUGGAGGAGUUCCGGCACUUUCCAGCGAAGUCACUGUGAUGAUUGACGUUAUAGAUCUUAACGACAAUGGUCCUGUGUUCUCUCAGAAGAUUUACGAAGCAGCUGUCAGUGAGCUGGCUCCCCGUGGCCAUUUUGUAACGCAGGUCCAAGCUUCGGAUGCUGACAGCUCUGAUACCGCAAGACUUGAGUUUUCAAUCCUGUCAGGAAACGAGGUGCAGAACUUUGUCAUAGAUGAAAAAUCCGGAGCUGUUGUAAUUUCCAAUCACAGGAAACUGCACAUGGAGCCCCUGUAUAACCUUAAUGUUUCUGUGUCUGACGGCGUAUUCAGGAACUCUGCUCUUGUAAAAAUUACAGUCAAUGGUGCAAACUUCCAGAGUCCUUCCUUCCCUCAAGCUGACUAUAUAGUCGAGCUUCUAGAAAACUCCCCAGUCGGUACAUUAGUGGCAGAGGCUCCAGCAACAGAUGAAGAUGCCGGCAUCUAUGGACGAGUAACAUACCAGAUUGUCAAUGAUGUCGCAAAAGAUAAAUUUUCUGUCAAUGAAGAUGGUGAGAUUUUCACCUUGGAGAGCCUUGAUCGCGAGAAUGCACUGGAGAAAAUGAUGCAGAUCUCCUUGAUGGCAAAAGACGGUGGCGGCAAAGUGGGAUUCUGCACCAUCAACGUGAUCCUAACCGACAUUAAUGACAAUUCGCCACAGUUCAGAGCUGCUGAAUACAAAGUACACAUUGGAUCAGAUGUUCCUAGAGGAACAAUGGUGGUUAAAAUUGCAGCUUCUGAUAUGGAUGAAGGCAGCAAUGCAGACAUAACCUACACUAUUGAAGCAGACAUGGAUAAUGUAUCUGAGAACUUUGAGAUCCACCCUCUCAGUGGGGUUAUCGUGACUAAAGAGAGUCUAAUCGGAUUGGAAAAUGAGCUCUAUGCUUUCCUUGUACGUGCGAGGGAUGGUGGGAACCCUUCGAGAUCCUCUGUUGUCCCUGUCUAUGUUCGAGUACUUCCCCCUGAGGUCAAGGUGCCGAAGUUUGUAGAACCAUACUACAGGUUUGCCAUUGAAGAAGAUCGCCCGUUAGGCUCACAAAUAGACAUGAUUCAGGCAGAGAGCGACCAGACAGUGCUCUACAGUCUAGUAAAGGGUAACACUCUAGAGAGUAACAAAGAUGAGGUUUUCGAGGUCGACCGUGACACAGGCACUUUGAAGCUAGUAAAGAAACUCGACCAUGAGAGCACCAAGUGGUACCAGUUAACUCUCCAAGCCCAAAGUGACCACGAAGGGAAUGAAAUCAUCUCUUCUGUUGAUGUUAACAUCCAGGUGAAGGAUGUAAAUGAUAACAGUCCCUUCUUUGAGUCAGACCCUUAUGAAGCCAUCGUGGUUGAGAAUCUUCCCAGUGGUACGUCAGUGAUACAGGUAAAGGCAAUGGAUCUGGACUCAAGCACCAAUGGGCAGGUGAGCUACAGUCUGGAUCCCAUCCAGGAUCCAGCAGACAUAGCGGAACUGUUUGCUGUCAAUAGCGAAACAGGCUGGGUGAACACACUGAAAGAGCUGGACCGCGAGCAAAGAGACAAGUACACCAUCUCGAUCCUGGCCACUGACCGUGGAGACAAGCUACAGCUUACAGCGAGCGCUAAAGUGGAAGUCACGGUUGCAGACGUGAACGACAACCCUCCAAGGUUCACGGCAGAGAUCUACAAAGGCACAGUGAGCGAAGACGACCCCCCUGGUGGAGUGAUCGCCAUUCUCAGCACAACAGAUGCAGACUCCGAGGACAUCAACAAACAAGUCGAGUAUUUCAUCACAGGUGGUGACCCCCUGGGGCAGUUCGGUGUAGAGCACACGCAGGGCGAGUGGAAGGUGUUGGUGCGAAAGCCAUUAGACCGGGAGCAGACGGACAAUUACCAGCUGAACAUCACAGCGACUGACGGCACCUUCACAGCCAGGGCAGUGGUCGAGGUCAAAGUGUUGGACGCCAAUGACAACAGUCCGGUUUGUGAAAGGUCUCUAUACGCGGUGCGAGUGCCGGAGGACGCCGCGUCCGGACGUUACGUCCUCCAGGUCUCAGCUACAGACGCAGACAUCCGCUCCAACGCUCACAUCAACUACCAGCUUUCAGGAGCCGGAGCCCAACAUUUCAGCAUCGACUCGGAGACAGGUGAGCUGAAGACGUUUAGCGCGCUGGACUUCGAGGAGGAGGCGGUGCACAGGAUGAAGGUGCGCGCGGUGGACGGAGGAGGUCGCUACUGCGAAGCCGACGUCGAGGUCGCGGUGGAGGACGUGAACGACAACACGCCACGCUUCACCGCCGAUCCCUUCGCCAUCACCGUGUUUGAGAACACGGAGAUACACACACCGGUCGGACGGCUGCAGGCCACUGACCUCGACUCUGGCUCUAAUGGUGAGCUCGUGUAUUCUCUGCUGGACUCGGCCGAUGGAGCCUUCUUGAUCGACGAGCACUCAGGGGUGCUCCGCUUGGCCAUGCCCCUCGACCGUGACCUCCGGCCCACCUACACUCUCCGAGCUCGUGCCACUGACCGUGGCUGGCCCCGCUCCCUCUCCGCCGUCUGCUCCGUCACCAUAUCCGUCCUGGACCUGAACGAUGACCCGCCUGUCUUCCAGCACCGUGAAUACCCUGUCACCAUCCCCGAGGACGUUGCCGUGGGAACUCAGGUGCAGCACGUGCACGCGGCUAGCCGUGACGCGGAGACGCAGAUUUCCUACGCCAUAGUUGACGGAAACGAGAAGGGAAUGUUCAGGGUGGACGAACACACAGGUGGCAUUUUUGUGAUCACACCGCUAGAUUACGAAGUAUCCUGCGAGUUUUCUCUGACCGUGGAGGCCACAGACGGGAAGACGCCGUCUCUAAGCGACAGGGCCGUCAUUAAUAUCAACGUGACAGACAUAAAUGACAACAGCCCUGUUUUCAGCCAGGCAGUUUACACAGCCGUGUUGAGCGAGGACGUGGAGCCGGGCAAGGCGGUGCUCACGGUUGUGGCCGAGGAUGCAGACGGACCUGCAAAUAACCAGGUGCACUAUUCCAUCAUCAGCGGCAACCAAGGAAGCCCCUUCUCCAUCGAUCCAUUAAAGGGAGAGUUGAAGGUAGCACGGCAUCUGGACCGGGAGAAGGUGUCUGGUUACACUCUGACUGUCAGGGCAUCUGAUAACGUGAGUCCAGCUCGUUUAAGCACAGCCAAAAUCAACAUCGACGUUUCUGAUAUCAAUGACAACCCACCCGUGUUCUCGCAGAGCAACUACACACUCAUCAUUCAGGAGAACCGUCCAGUCGGAACCAGUGUCCUCCAGCUGAGCGUAUCGGACCGAGACGCCUCCCACAAUGGACCUCCAUUUUCUUUCUCCAUUGUGAGUGGAAACGAGGAUCACACAUUCGACGUCACGUCUCAAGGAUCGCUGGUGUCGAUCGGCAAGCUGAGUCGCCGCGACAAGGACAACUACGUCAUGGAGAUCCAGGUGUCAGACUCCGGCCGGCCAACUCUCUCCUCCUCUGCCCUGGUGAUCGUUCGCCUGAUUGAAGAGAGUAUCCAUCCUCCUGUCAUCCUCCCUCUCGACGUUUAUGUCACCACCACGACUGCUGAGUAUGCAGGCGGUGGAGUGUUAGGCAAAAUCCACGCCACUGACCAAGAUGUGCACGACACACUGACCUACGGCAUCAGCCCGGACCCUGCACCUUUAGACAACUCGGUCCUCUUCUCUGUCUCACCUGCUGAUGGUCGAAUUGUAGCACUGGGUGCCCUGGAUUCCGGUCGCUACUUGCUCAAUGCCACUGUAACCGACGGUCGUUUCACAACGUGGGCGCGUGUCACCGUACACAUACGCCCCGCCCCUGCCCCCGCCAAUAUCGUGAGCAUACGUCUAGGCUCCAUCGCGCCCGAAGAGUUUGUUGGUGAACAUUGGAGAAAUUUUGCUAGGGCAUUGCGUAACACGGCGGGUGUCCGCCGCAGUGAUGUUCAGCUCGUCAGCCUGCAGCCCGAUCACGGUGAUCUGGAAGUGCUCCUCGCGCUCGAUAAAGGUCAGGAACAGACACAGGAUGUGGUGCUGAGGAAGCUGAAUGCCUCCAGUAGUGCAGUUGAAGAGAUAACAGGGGUGAGGAUCGUCCGUGUGGGCAACAAACUUUGUCCUCGAUCGGACUGUCCUGCUCGUCACUGCCAGGAGACGGUGACUUUGGAGACGGGCGCUAUGGCAGCGUACAGCACAGCAAGGCUUAGCUUUGUCACCCCACGCCACACGAGGACAGCUGACUGUCUCUGCCAUGGUGCUGAGUGUGCUGAGUUGAACAAGGUAUGUGAAGGGAACCCAUGUCCCAAGGGGACGGAGUGUGUGGAAGACCCAACACACAGCACAUUUAGCUGCGUAUGCUCAGAUGACAAACACGGGUGUGCAGAAGGUCACGCUCUGACAUUCAGCGGUAACGGCUACGUGCGCUACAGGUUGAUGGAGAAUGACAAUAAGGAGGAGAUGAAUCUCUCUCUCAGACUGCGUACCUUCUCCGACAAGGCCACUAUCAUGUACGCCAAGGGGACGGACUACAGCAUUCUGGAGAUCGUGAACGGACGCCUGCAGUACAAGUUUGACUGUGGCAGUGGGCCGGGUAUCGUCCCCAUUCACAGCCCAUUGGUGAAUGAUGGAGAAUGGCACACAGUCUCGCUUGACGUGGAUGGAAACUAUGCUCGCCUGGUGCUUGACCGAACACACACUGCCUCAGGCAAAGCACAGGGUAACCUUCGCACCCUCAACCUCGACACCAGCGUCUUCUUUGGUGGGCAGGUGUGGCAAGCGGGUGUGGAUAACGGCCUGAGGGGCUGCCUGCAGGGGGUCGUGUUAAACGGACGUGAGCUACCCAUGAGAUCUCAGCCUCGUGGAAGCCAUUCUGUGCUGGAGGAAAUUGUGGGAGCUGUGCCUGGCUGCAGUCCACCUCCAAGGGUAUCGAGCUGCACCAGUGAGCCCUGCACAAAUGGCGGAACCUGCACUGAUCUGCCUAACGGAGGUUAUUUCUGUAAGUGCAGUGCUCUAUUUAUGGGCAGCCACUGUGAGGUUAGCAUCAGCCCCUGCUCAUCCAAUCCCUGUCUUUAUGGUGGAACCUGUGUGCCACGUGGAGAUGACUUCUCCUGCCAGUGCCGAGGGCAGUAUUCCGGCCAGUGGUGUCAGCUUGGUCCAUACUGCACAGAGAACCCCUGCAAGAACAAUGGCAGGUGCAUCGGCAGCCUGGAUGGCCCAGUGUGCGAGUGUGAGCCUGGCUUCCAAGGAGACAGGUGUCUAAGUGAUGUGGACGAGUGUGUGAAAAGCCCCUGCAUCAACGGCGGCCAAUGCCAGAACACAUACGGCUCAUACAUCUGCAACUGCACACUUGGCUACGUAGGCCACCAUUGUGAGCAGCAUGCCCAGAUAAGCAACCAGGUGGUCUCCACAUCCUGGAAUAUCGGCUUGGAGGAGGUUAUCGGCAUCGGCGUCUUCUUUGCCGUGAUCUUUGUCAUGGCUCUGCUAUUUGUUGUAAUCCGUAAACGGGUGUGCCGGCGCACCAAGCCCCAGUCGCCUCACGAUGACAAGCGGCUGCCCUCGUCCUUUCUGCAGCGCCCGUAUUACGACUCCAAGUUAGGCAGAAAUGUCUACUCUGACGUGCCACCUCAAGUGCCCGUGCGACCCAUCUCAUACACUCCCAGCGUCCCUAGUGACUCUCGCAAUAACCUGGACCGCAGCUCGUUUGAAGGCACUGCUGUUCCAGAGCACACCGAGUUCAGCACUUUUAACCCCGACCCGGUGGGUCAUGGGCAUCGCAAGGCGGUUGCCGUGUGCAGUGUGGCACCCAACCUGCCCCCGCCACCACCCUCCAACUCUGCCUCGGACAGUGACUCAAUUCAGAAACCGAGCUGGGACUACGAUUACGAUGCAAAAGUUGUAGAUCUGGAUCCCUGUUUUAGUAAGAAGGCAGUGGAGGAUAGCACGUGUCACCCCUAUAACACCCGGGGCAGCAUGUCCGAGGUGCAGUCACUCAGUUCUUUCCAGUCUGAGUCCUGCGAUGACAACGAGUCACUCCCGUCUCAUGAGCUCAAGAACCCGAGAGGGUAUCACUGGGACACAUCUGAUUGGAUGCCGAGUGGUCAGCUUCCUGGAAUCCAGGAGUUUCCUCAGUAUGAGGUGGUGGAAUCUCCACCAACCUUGUACAAUGACCCCGCCUUGCUAGACACGGACUAUUACGCGGGCGGCUACGACAUUGAGAGCGAUUUCCCGCCUCCGCCUGACGACUUCCACAGCCACGACGACCUGCCUCCUCCUCCACCUCCACCCACAUCGUACGACACGCUCGGCCCCGCCCCCUCGAGCCCUGGAGGAUCGUGGGCACGCCAGCGUCCACCUUUACCCCAGCUCUACACGCUCAACCAUUACCUCCCUCACCACCAGUACCCUUCAUCCGACCCUGAGCCGCCGAAAAGCGGCAGCAUCGCGGCCGACGACGUUUCGCUCUCCCUCUACGCCUCCACCGUGUCGUGCUCGGACGUGGACGAGUCGGAGGCGCCGAUGAGCGACUGCGAGAGCGGCGCAGAGGACGGGGCGCAGUUACGGCGGCUCAUCGUAGCACCACAACCGCAACAACACACCGAAGUCUGACACUGGAAUCCAUAAAGAGCAGAAAUCAAAAAGUGCCUGAAAAUGAAAACCUUAUGCAGGAGACUGUUCUCGCAAACACACACACAGACACACACACACACACACACACACACAAUGUACGACCAUACAAUAAAUUCAAGCGCACACAUUCUCUUCGACAUGGACAUAUUCAAGAACAUUUCCUCCUCUGGAGCACAGCAGGAGUCGAGUAGAGUUGAGUGUGUACAGGUGUGUAUCCACCUUUACACCAUCUGAUCAUUUCAAAUUCCAUCUUGUUUGUGAAAAAUAAUAAUAAUAAUAAUAAUAAGUUUUAAAAAAAGCGUCAUUUCAAGCGAUAGCUGUCUGUAUUUGUAAAGAUAAAACCAUGCAAUCAGUUGUUUUUUCAUUAUUACAAAUGUUCAUUCGUUUGUAAUGUAAAUGGUACUGUACAGUUUUGAUUUUUAAGGGUUGACUAGUUCUUUUUGUAGAUAUAUUAUUAUUUUUUAUUUUUGAAAAAAAAAAAAAAAAAAAACACGAAACAGUGUGUGAUUAUCAGCAGCAACAGAAGAGGAAAAGAAUAACGAUUAUUCAGAGUGGUUACAAAAAAAAUACAAAAUCUAACUGUGUGUGUGACCGUCUUCACACUUCCUGUUCCGCUCGGAUGGGCGUCUGCAUAUUAUCGUGAUGUCAGUUACGUUUUUUGUGGUUUUUUUUAAAGACUUUUGACUUUUUUUUCCCACCAAGAAAUAAAAACAUAAAAAACAAAAACGGGACCCAGUAUAUUUAUAUUGCGAGAUGAAGUGUGGACUCGUGAAUUUUUUAUUUUUUUUUUUUGUCAAAAAAAAACGCUCAUGUGAGCAAAGCUUUGGUCUUGUUUAUGAUUUGUUUAUGAUUUUUUUUUUUUAAUACUGCCACUAGCUUAAUCGCUUUACUACUGGCAAUAAAUUAUUCUUUAAAAUACCAA